UAUUUCCAAUAAUUUCUCAGUUUUCACAUUUACCAUUUCAAUCUCAAAAUCCCCAGAAAAAGAAAAAAAAAAACCCCACCAUGCCGCCGCCGCCGCCGCUACCUCCACAAUCCUCCCCAACCGGUGGUUCAACGUCGACGCCGUCGAAAUCGAAGGAAAAGUUCCUGUCUUUGAUCUUAAAAGCCAUAAUUAUGAUGCUUCUCAUCUCUUUCUUCUUCCUCAUUUUACCUUUAGCUUCUUUCCUCCUCCUCCUGCCUCUUCUCCUCCGCCACCGCCGUCACCGCCACCGUCGUCACCAUCUCCAUCCCUCCUCUGGGUUUUCCUCGAAACAGCUCAAAAAGCUUCCCCAAUUCAGAUUCUCCCACGAAACGGAAUCCGUCGGGUCGGAUUCGGAUUCUUGUGUGAUUUGCUUAGAUGGGUUCAGGCAAGGUCAAUGGUGUAGAAGCCUCGUUGGGUGUGGCCAUUUGUUCCAUAGGAAGUGUUUGGAUGGUUGGUUAAUCAAAGUUGCUGCUUGCCCAAUUUGUAGAACGAGGGUUCGAUUUGAAAAUGAAGAUAAUUGCAAUUCCGGUCCUUGUUGUUCGAGGAGAGCAGAGUUUCAGGGCUUGUUUGAUUUGUAAGUUUAUUGCAAAUUUAGUCCCUCUUUUUUGUAUUAUAAAAUUGUACAGCUCCCUUUUUCUUAAUAAUCGUUAUGAAGAAUUCCUGCAAUUUUGAUUCACAGUUUGUAUUGCUCUUUUAAUAAUUGAAUUGCCUUUUAUUUUA